AUGCCCUCUGAAUUCCUUACUACACAACCACAAAACUCUUCCUAAAUUAAUGACUUUAUCCCAUUCAACCUCUCUCUGACAGUUACCAACAAAAAUGUGAGACUUUGAAAAGAAAUUCUCACACUUUCAUCUUCCUGCUUUCUGGUUAAGAAAUGAAGAGAGGCUUGGGUGUUUGUUCGUUUGUUUUGUUUUUUACUCUUUGUCUUAAUUGCCCUCUACUCUCUAUGAUCCGCUGACAAAGUCCUUCAGAACCCGGCCAAAAGCGGAAGCCAGAGCCGAGCUGCGCCAGCUGAGGAAGUUUGGGUGCCAUCGCACACCGUAGGCAGAGCGCCGCCGCCGCCGCCGCUGCCUUCCGUGUCUGGGCGAGGAAGCGGCAGAGCUUUUCCCCCUCCCUGGCGCUCUCGGGAGAGGCGGGAAAAUGGCGGCAGCCUCCGGUGUCGCGCGGAGCCGCUUUGUGGUGGUGGGCGGAGGCAUCGCCGGAGUUACCUGCGCCGAGAAGCUGGCCAUGGACUUCCCGUCAGAAGACAUUUUUUUAGUGACAGCUUCUCCAGUUAUAAAAGCUGUAACAAAUUUCAAACAGGUGUCAAAAACACUUGAGGAAUUUGAUGUAGAAGAGCAACCAAGUUCUCUAUUAGAACAACGAUAUCCCAAUAUUAAAGUUAUCCACUCUGCUGUAAAACAAUUGAAAAGUGAUGAGCAUAAAAUUUUCACUGAAGAUGGGAGAGAAUAUACGUAUGAGAAACUUUGCCUGUGUGCUGGAGCAAAACCUAAAUUAAUUUUUGAAGGAAACCCAUAUGUAUUAGGAAUUCGGGAUACUGACAGCGCACAGGCUUUUCAGAAGAAUUUGGCUCGAGCUGAGAGAAUAGUAGUGGUUGGUAAUGGUGGGAUUGCACUUGAAUUAGUGUAUGAAAUUGAAGGCUGUGAAGUAAUCUGGGCUAUCAAAGACAAAGCCAUUGGAAACACUUUUUUUGAUGCAGGAGCAGCUGAAUUUCUUAUUCCAAAACUGACUGCUGAAAAACAAGAGACUCCAAUUGAAUGUAAAAGAACCAAAUAUGCAAUGGAAGAAAGCGAGAAGAAAGAAAGGGCCACAGGAGCAUCUGACAAACUGGGCAGUGCUUUGGGCCCUGACUGGCAUGAAGGCCUACAGCUGAGAGGAACCAAAGAGUUUUCUCAUAAAAUACAUAUUGAAAUACUAUGUGAAGUGAAGAAAAUACACUCACAGCAAGAAUUUAUACAACUGCAACAGAUUUCCUUGGCUUUUCCUAAGAAGGAGAAGAAUGUAGAACCAGAGGAAGUUCUGUGGCCUGUAUAUGUGGAAUUAACUAAUGGAAAAAUUUAUGGAUGCAAUUUCAUUGUCAGUGCAACUGGAGUUGUGCCAAAUGUGAAACCAUUUCUUGAUAGCAAUAAUUUUGCUAUAGGUGAAGAUGGAGGCCUUAAAGUAGAUAAACACAUGCACACAUCCCUGCCAGAUAUCUAUGCAGCUGGGGAUAUCUGCACGGCGGCGUGGGAACCCAGCCCUGUGUGGCAUCAGAUGAGACUGUGGACUCAGGCUAGGCAGAUGGGAUGGUAUGCAGCAAAAUGCAUGGCAGCAGACUCUUCAGGAGAGUCUGUUGAUCAGGAUUUCUGCUUUGAAUUGUUUGCUCAUGUAACAAAAUUCUUCAAUUACAAGGUGGUGGUUUUGGGAAAAUUCAAUGCUCAAGGCUUGGGUUUAGACCAUGAACUAAUGCUGAGAUGUACCAAGGGACAAGAGUAUGUUAAAGUGGUGAUGCAGAAUGGACGAAUGAUGGGAGCAGUGUUGAUCGGUGAAACAGACUUAGAAGAAACUUUUGAGAACUUGAUUUUAAAUCAAAUGGACCUUUCAGCUUAUGGUGAAGAUCUCCUGAAUCCAGAUAUUGAUAUAGAAGAUUAUUUUGAUUGAAUGAAAACCAAUUUCUAUUUUGUAUACAGUUUUAAUACUGACUGAUGUCUUAUGAAAUGUCUUCUGGGGUUUACCAGAAAACAGGGAGAAGUGCAAUUCUUUAUUAAGAUCUUUGAGUUGAUGUUGCCAAAUUAGUGAAAGGCAAAUAAGCUUAAUCUGUGUAGAAAUGCAGCAGCAAAAGCAAAUUGAUUGAUGUUAGCAGUGAUUUGAUCUAGAUUAGAUGAGAAUAUGGAAGCAGGGCUAUUGCAUUCCCAAAAAGCAGGCUUUGCUGUGCUAUUAAGAUAGCACUGCAUUCAGUUCAGGGUGGUCUUCACUGUUGGAAAGAACAUAAAUAAAGCACUACAUAAUACAUUUUAAAUCCAGUGCCUUCCUACUGGGGGAAGAACCAUGUGUAAUGUUCUACAAUCUAUUCCACUUGCAUCCUUCUGCUGCUAAUAACUUCAAGUACUUGGCUCAGGUUCUAAGUCUGUUCCAGCUAACAGCACCAUCACUUUCAAGCUGGCACUUAGAGCUCUUGCCAUCUGCAAUGUAGUUUGCACAUACAGAAUAAACUGGAUGCUUUAUGUUUGUUUCAGCUAUUGUGGUAAAGCUGAACUGAUGCCAUCCUGUGUGAUUUUCAACAGGAGCAAUGUGAAGCCGCUCCAAGGAAGGGUUGGCACAACACCAAUGGUGGCUGUCACCUGCAGAGAUCUUAUCAGAUCUGUGGAGCAGACUGCUGGAUGUAGUUCAUUAGGUAGAUGGUGUACAUGGUGCCAUUCUGACUGCUGGAAAGAGUGUGGCCCUAUGCACAAAGCUGAUACUGGAAGUUUUGCAGUCUCAAUACUAGUUGUUUUACUGUGUGUUUUAAAGAUUUUUCUUACACUUCUGUGUAAUUUCUAUUAUGUUGAUGGGGUUCAAGCAGACAACUGUUGCAGUCAGAUAAAGAAGUUGUUCAGGAGGUUCUUUGUCCUCUCUACUUUCUGCCCUCUCCUUGCUUACAGUCAUUCAUGUUCGUUCCAGGAAGGAAUUUUUGGAGGUAAGAAAUUCAAAUUUGACUUCUGAUAACUAAUAAUAAGCCCCCUUUUUGCAACUUAAUAGUAUGUUUUAAGAUAUAUUUUUUUAUUUAAGUUAUUUUAAAUGUAAGUCUUGAGUCAUAAUACUGGAUGUAUGUUUAGUUAUGUAAGGCAUGCUGUAGUUGUCAUGAUACAUACGCACAGGUUUGCACAUGUUACUUUCUUUCUUACUAGUAAUAAUAAUUACACCAAGUGCCUCAUUUCCUAGUGAUAAAAUCCAACUAUUUAAGCUAUUUCUUAAUAUUGUCUUUGUAUUCUGUAGCAUCAUUCAUGGACACAAAUUGUUUCAUACUUGAUUUUGAUCUGCAGUUGAGAGUUACUAUUUAGGGUUAAUCUGGUAGUGUUUCUUUGUACAAAGUUGGCAUUACAUACUGGGACUUCUCCCAGAAAACCACUCUAAUUAUUUUGAAGAGAAUGACUGUUUAAUUAAAUGAAUUAAUUCUAUUUUUGGCAAAGCUUUUAAUUAAUUGAUGCAUGAAAACUCUAAGCUUUCAGUCACGGAAUUCUAUCAGAAAAAAUAAAGGUGAAGAGCUUUAUUUGAAUAAUACGGGGUAUCUUUUGUGUGUAGAAUUUUAAGUUGAUACACAGCUGAGUGCCUACAAAAAUGUAGCAGAUCAAGUAUUCAAACAGCUAGGUGCCUAACUAGCUCUUGUAGUCAGUAGUAGCUGUGUCUUUCCCCCUGUGGUAGCACAGUUACAUUUUUCUGAAAAUACUGGUGUACAUGUGCAUCUAAGGAAGCCAACUCUUUCUAUAUUUAACUGUAUGUGCAGUAGAAAUACAUAUAUUCUUCAGCUCCUCUGUGAGGGAAGCAAAAAGAUCCUGUAGCUGAAAAUUUCCUCAAGUCCAUAGGGAUUGCUGAGGAGAGAUCGUGACCCAUAACAGAAUGCCACAGUUGAGCCAGGAGGGUCAUACAGGUCAUUGCAUUCCCAUGUUAUGGCGAAGUUAGGCUUGAAAAGAAAAAAGCUUCCUUGCACUCAAAUAUAUAACAAAGAAGGUAGAGUUAAGCAAAUAGAACAAUAUUGACACACUUGAAAUAAUCAAAUUCAGAAGAUUGCUAUAUAAAUACGCAUCAUUCAGGACUGAGGAAAGUAGAAAAGGAAAGAAGGCUUGUAGUAAGCCCACCUCUGCAGAAAUAACUGAAGCUCUUAACAUACCCCAACACUUGUCUGUGCUAAACAGCAUCAGUUUUUUUUCUUCAAGAGCUAUUUCAUGUCUGUGAAACAAUGCUAAGCUACAGGUUUUGCUUCUUGUUUGGAAAGGAGUAUUACUUUCCUCAUCUUCACUUAGUGUAUGAAAAUGAACCUUCCCCAAAUUUAUGGCAAUUAGUCAGAUGUAAAUAGUAGUAUAGCAAGAAUGUUUUGUUUAACAGCAGCUCCUCCAUGAGGCUUUGGUGAAAUAGAUUUAAAUAAUUUGUUAGGAAGCUGCACAUCUUUAUUUUCAGCUAAUUUUACUAAGUAGGUGGCAAAGCGUUCACUGAUAACAGUUUAAGGAUAGGGUUUGUUUGGUAAGAAAGAGAUUGCAAAUGCUAUGACUAGCUUUAUAAGGAAACAGCUCUAAAUGAGAAGUUAAGCUGAAUGUUGUUUUUCAAACCAGAUAUUGCUGGUGGCAACAACGUACCUGUAUGGAGACCACUUGCAAUUGAAACCAGCAGAAAAACAGAAAUUUGUGAUCAAAGCUGUAAGCAUGGUUCAGCCUAAGGCAUAAAAGCUUGUGAAAGGCCAGCUGCUGUAGGUUUCCUUAAAUACAGGUAAGAGGAGAAUGGUCAUUUGGCUCUAGGUUGAGUUCAGUCUCAAAAGAGUUGAUUGAAGUAAUAUUCUGGUUAUUGAAUUUAUCCAGCAGCAAUUUGUAAUCCUGAUAUUAGCGAGUCAGUGUAUGAGGUCUGCUGUAAAAGUAAGGCUUUCUGUAUAUUGGCCUAUGAUGUCAGAGACAGAUAUUGGUGGUAUGGUAGUAGAAGUUGAACCUUCCCCCCAGUAUUCUGUUACAUUUUGUUCCAGUGCGACAGAU